AUGGCGUCAAGUUCAGUGAGCGAUCUGAGGAUUGUGCUGAUAGGAAAGAAUGGAUCAGAAAACAGCCGAGUGGGAAACAUUAUACUGGGUACAGAAGCGUUUCAGAAUGAAGCUGCAUCUUAUUCUCAGCAGCACAGUCAGAGAAUCAGUGGAGAGGUGGAGGAGAGACACAUCACAGUCAUCGACACUCUCCUGUUCCAGCCGAAUCUCUCACACUAUCAGACCACACAGAGAGUGAGAGAGUGUGUGUCUCUGUCUGCUCCAGGACCUCAUGUGAUCAUACUCGUACUGCAGUAUAAUGACUUCAAUGAGAACGACAUUCAGAGAGUGAAAACUGUGCUGAACCUCUUCAGUGAGCAGGCCAUGAAACACACUAUAGUGCUGACUACUGAUGAAGAGACACGCAGAUUCAUGUCUCUGGCUUAUAAGAGCACAAAUAGUGCUAUUCAUGAUUUAAUAAAGGAGUGUGGAGGAGCACAUCUACAGUUUGAUACAAUAAACCCAGGAUGGCGCUCUGAGUUGUUCAGAAAAACAGAAGAGAUACUCAAGAAAGAACAUGAAGAAUUUCUCAUCUGUAACAUGUAUGAGGAUGGAGGUGAUGAAGCAUCAGUGGAUGAAGAUCUGAGCAGAUCUGGAGCUUCAGACAGAGAAGAAGACGAAGAGGAGGAUUCUGAUCUCAAAGAGAGCACAAAAACAGCAAGUGAUGGAGGAGAACCUUUAAAGUCUCACCUCAUCCUCAUCAUUCCUGAUGCUCCACUUAAUAAUGAAGACAGAGCAGAAAUAGAGGAGAUCCAGAGGAUCUUCAGCUCAAGAGUCAACAAACACAUCAUGAUCCUCAUAAAGCAGAAUCCAGAGCAUCAGACAGCAGAACUCAAUGAAGAAACACAGUCUGUCAUUGAGAGAUUUGGAGGACGACAUCAUUUCAUCGGCCUGAACACACAAGUGUCUGAGCUGAUGGAGAAACUGGAGCAGAUGGUUGAGGAAAACAGUGGUGUUUGUUUCUCCACAGAGACACUGAUGGAGGCACAGAUGGAGAAACUGCAGGAAGUUGAAGAAAUGAAGAAGAGAGUCCAUUCAUUACAGACGUGGUUUCAGUCACAAGAUUCAAGAGACAGAGAAGAUGAUCUGAGGAUUGUUCUGCUGGGAAAAACUGGAGCUGGGAAGAGUUCAACUGGAAACACCAUCUUAGGAAGAGUCAUGUUUAAAGCUGAAAUAUCUCAAGAGUCUGUUACUGAAGUGUGUCGUAGAGAGACAGCUGAAAUCAAUGGCAGACACAUCACUGUGAUCGACACUCCAGGACUGUUUGAUACUGAACUCAGUAAUGAAGAAACCCAGAGAGAAAUCAGCAACUGCAUCCCUAUGAUCCUGCCUGGACCACAUGUGUUCAUCAUCGUGCUCAAUUUAGGACAACGAUUCACUCAAGAAGAAGCAACAGCAGUGAAGAUCAUCCAAGAGACGUUUGGUGAAAACUCUUUAAUGUACACCAUGGUGCUCUUCACCAGAGGAGAUGAUCUGAAUGAUAAAACCAUUGAACAGUGUUUGGGAAAACCUGGAUCUGCUUUAAAUGAACUGAUUGAAGCGUGUGGAAAAAGAUUCCAUGUGUUCAAUAAUAAAGAGACUGGAGACCGAACACAGGUGACUGAUCUACUGGAGAAGAUAGACAACAUGGUGAAAACAAACGGAGGGAGCUACUACUCAUGUAAGAUGUUCAGAGAGAUGGAGAGAGAAAUACAAAAACAACAGAUGAAGAUCCUGAUGGAGAAAGUGGAGCAAGUGAACAGAGAAAAAGAAGAACUGAUGAACAAACAUGAAGAAGAAAAAAAGAAGAUGAAGAUGAAGAUGGAGGAAGAACGACAGAAUCAUGACAAAGAGAGAAAAAGAAGAGAAGAAGAAUUUAGAGAGAGAGAAGAACGAUAUAAAACAGAGAUAAAAGAAAGAGAAGAACAAGAGAGAAAGAUACGAGAGGAGCUGAAGAGAGAACGAGAGGAAUGGGAGAAACAGAAACAAGAGGAACGACAAAGAAGACAAGAAGAGGAGGAGAAAUGGAGAAAGAGAGAACAGAAAAUGAUGGAUGAAGAAAGACAGAAGCGUAACAGAGAGAAAAAGAGAAGAGAAGAGGAAUUUGACGAGAUGGAAGAGCAAUAUAAAACAGAGAUGAAAAAAGAACGAGCGAAAUGGGAGAAACAGGAACGACAAGAAAGAAAAAGAAGAGAUGAAGAGGAGGACAGAAGAAGGAGAAUGAAACAACAGGAAGAAUAUGAUCAAGCUUAUGAGAAACUUAAUCGAGAAAGAGAAAGACAGAGAGAGAAAGCACAACUUCAGUUCCAAUAUGAAGAACAGAUCAGGGGAAUGACGAAGAAGAUGGAGGAAGAAAGACAGGAUCAUGACAAAGAGAGAAAGAUAAGAGAGGAGCUGAAGAGAGAACGAGAGGAAUGGGAGAAACAGAAACAACAGGAACGACAAAGAAGAGAAGAAACACCCAACUCUAUUCAACUUGAUACAGGAACUCCUGAGGUUCCGCACACAAACAACAAGUCAGAAUCAAAACCAUCUCAUUUUGGAAUUAAUUAG